GCAACAGCAGCAGAAUCAGCAGCAGCAACAGCAGCAGAAUCAGCAGCAGCAACGGAAUCAGCAGCGCAAGCGACGUUAGCAGCAGCAGAAUCAACAGCAGCAGCAAUAAGCAUCGACUAAGGCAGCAGGUGCAUGAGAAACAGAAGGGACGGAACAACAGCAGAAGCAACAGUAAGAGCAGUUACAUCAUCAACAACAACAGCAGCACUGACAUCGGCUGUACAAGCAACAGCCAGCCCGAGCAUCGGGUUCAUGGAGCCAGAUCGGGACACGUUGCCUCUGAAGUGCGGCUCGUACGUGGUGCUGGCCGAGGUGCGACCCGUGACGAGGUGGACGACGAGGUGGAGCGGUCUCCCUCGUCCAUACAAGCAGGAGGUGCUAUCGCUGCUGAGCGACGUGGUGGAGCAACGCGUGAACUCCUACUUGCAACUGAGGAGACAGCGCAAGCCCAUGCAGUCCAAGCAGAUGAAAGAGCGGGCGCACAGCAAGCCGGUGACCAAUGCAGGGAAGUACGUGGAGGUGGAGACGUACUUCAGAAAGAGGCACGUUGGGCUGCGCUGUCUGAGCGGGCGGUUCUCUGAGCGCUCGUAUGUGAAGAUGCCCAUAUUCCCAGAACAGCUUAUUGUGUGCGUGAAUGCUGUUUGCGAAGCACCUCCCCCACCCCCACCACCGCCACCCCCACAUCCUCCAGCUGUUCUAACUCCAGUGGCCCCACUGCUCCGUCCGGAAGGUGUGGGUGCGAGGUGUGGGGACCGUGCCCUCUCCGAGUACUUUAACUGUCCAGCAGUGUGUCAAGCUGACGCCAAGGCGCUGCUCACCGCCUCUGCUCAGCGCCGGCAGGCCAAGCUCAAGCACAUAGUCAAGAAGAUCGGGCACAGAAAGGGAAAAGAUCGAAAACCACCAUCUCAUCGCACCGGGACCGCCAUGGGAGCAGAACCGGCGCAGUACACCUCCUCGGAUAGCCCUCGGAUAUCCCUCCAGAGGGCACGGAGGCACGAGGAGAUGAAGGAAAACAACGAGAGGUCGGGCCGGCAGUGGGAGGGGAGCGUGAGGACAGAGGCACGCGUGGACGGAGGCGGUGACGCGCCACGCGCAAUCAAGGUGGAGGAGAGAGCCACGGAGGUCACUCUCCGUGGCCGCGAGGCCUCCGCUCGCCACGCGGAGGCACCGGCCUCGGUCGCCGCUGCCGCUGUUGCUCCUCCACCGGGGACUUCCAGGGGCCGCACAAAGCUGUCGCGGAGACGGCAGCAGCCGCCCACGCUGGAAGUCGAUGCGGCAAAAACUCGUACUGACGAGUAAUCCGUGUGAAAAGAAUCGUUGAUUGUUGGAAUAGAUGAUUUACAAUGUAUGCAAAUGUCAUGCAAAUUUUACCUGUGGUGGCAGCGAUUUUAGUGUUAUAGACUCGUAAGAAGUAUAAAUGAUUGAUGUGACACAGAUAUUACACCUUUUUUUAAAUAACAUUUUCUAGUUCGGUGUGUGUGUGAAUGUGUGAGAUGUAUAUCUUUUUUUACUGAGUAAAAUCACAACUCUCUUGCAAAUGGAACUUCUGUCAACUUCCCGACUAAAAUAAAGCAUCGGUUGUAACUGACAGGACCAUGAAGGACUGGAUAAAGAAUUGUUGCUGAGCAUUUUCUCACAAUGUUGGUUUAAGUUCCAGGAUAUCAAGUUUUGUAAAAUAACAUUAAAAUCACUGAUUAAAUACCAAUCAUUAUUUAAGAAGCAGACAUUGUAUACUAAAAGUAGAAGUUAGAAGAAAUCAGGUGUAAAGUGUGCAACAGUUGUAGGAAUCUGGCAGGAUGGGAGCGAUCAAAAGGUGUGGCAGUAACAGCAUUCGCUGUGACGAUCUCCCAGCUCUGAAGUAGAUUAGUUUAAUAGUAAACUCCUUGACGUUUUAUAUGUGUUUCGUCUGAUAUGUACAAUCGUUUUAUAUAUUGCCCGAGAAGCCUCGUUCCUUGAUUGUACCAUCAAAAAGUAUUUGCGUUAUUAAAAGGAAAAUGUUUUAAAGUGAA